UGCGCUCUGUGGCGACGGGAGCCGAAAGGACCUGAAAGGACGAGGCUUGCGACUUGUGAAUGGCGCCCGGAGCGAGGAAACGAGCUAGUUGGGAUGGCGAGAGGGACGGAGAGAGGGCCGGAGAGCAAGGAUUCAGCAAGGAGCAGGCGGCGCGAGUGAGAGCGAGCCAUUCGUGAAUAUUUCAUGAACGAUGGCAGCGAUGGCAGCCAGCCUCGUGCCGCCGUUAACCGAGCUCCUCGCCGCCGAAGAGAAAUGUAGGGAAACGCAUCCCGUCGUCGUCAUCGGCGGCAGAGGCAGCAGCAGCAGCGGCGACAGCGAUUUUCACAGCAGCAGCGACAGCGGGAAAAUCGGCAGCAGGAAAAUCGGCAGCCUUUCUGCCGUCGUUGCAGUGGCAGCAGCGCCUCCGAAUUUUGGCCAAUGCGUGUGCUCCUGGCGUUCAGUAAGAAAAGCGUCGCCCAGCGGUCUAGUACGAACGUAUACCGAACGCUUUGUAUAUCCUGUAAAUUAUAUCCUGUGUGUGCGAUUGAUCACGUCUGCCUGGCAGAAGGCGAAGGAAAUCCCUGAAACGAUAUUACAAGCCAAGUGCGCUUGAGUUCGUGUAUUUCCGGUUGAACAAACACAUAAGCGAAACAUAAAAGAAAGGCGAAAAAAAUAUACUUACAUAUUUUCCUCAUGCCCCAUACUUACGUCGAUAUAUAUAUACACAUAUAUGUAGUACAUAAAUAGAGUAACCAGCCAGCACGAAAAGUGAAAAUACAUAGAGGCGAGCGAGGCGAGAGCAUAUUUCAUAAGUUUGCACUCCGCACACAUAGAAAGUAGAAAGCAGCGGCGAGAGCCAGAGAAAGCUGGCGACAAAGGCUAACGCACGACCUUUGGCACCGAGUUCAGAUCCUGCGGAGGGGUCAGCAGCAAAUCAAUAAAGACAAAGACUCACAGCCAGAGCAACUGCAUCACCAGCCAAUCCAGCUUCGCGUCCCGAGUCCAGCGACCAAAAUUCACUCGCAAAUUAUGCUGACCAUGUCGACCCUGAUGAUGCCAGCACCGACCAUAGCCAUGGGUGCCCCGCAGAUCACAAUGGGUCCGCACAAGCCGCCGGAAACGAAGCUGCUGGCCAUCCAUCCCGCUGCAGCGGCCGCAGCAGCCGCCCAGCAGCAACAGCAGCAGCAGUCGGUGACAGCUGCUCAUUUGCAGCACAAUGGCCAGCAGCAGCACUCGCAGCAGCAACAGCAACAGCAAAUGUCGCAACAGCAACAGCAGCAGCAGCAGCUCGUGGGCAACAACUCCAAGCCAGAACAGUUUCACAUUUUUGUGGGCGAUCUGAGUGCCGAAAUCGAAACGCAACAGCUGAAAGAUGCAUUCACCCCAUUCGGAGAAAUAUCAGACUGCAGAGUUGUGCGCGAUCCGCAGACGUUGAAAUCAAAGGGCUAUGGCUUUGUCAGCUUUGUCAAGAAAUCGGAGGCGGAAACCGCCAUCACUGCAAUGAAUGGCCAAUGGCUGGGCUCGCGCUCGAUACGCACAAAUUGGGCCACACGAAAGCCGCCGGCAACCAAGGCAGACAUGAACGCCAAGCCGCUGACCUUUGACGAGGUCUACAACCAGAGCAGCCCCACCAAUUGCACUGUCUACUGUGGCGGCAUCAACGGAGCCCUCUCCGGCUUCCUCAACGAGGAGAUUCUGCAGAAGACCUUCUCGCCGUAUGGCACAAUACAGGAGAUACGGGUCUUCAAGGACAAAGGAUACGCAUUCGUGCGUUUCUCCACCAAGGAGGCGGCCACCCACGCCAUCGUGGCCGUUAACAACACGGAGAUCAACCAGCAGCCGGUGAAGUGCGCGUGGGGCAAGGAGAGUGGUGACCCCAACCACAUGUCGGCCAUUGCCGGUGGGGCCUUGGCCCAGGGAUUCCCCUUCGGCUCGGCGGCAGCGGCGGCCGCAGCGGCUGCCUACGGACAGCAGGUGGCCGGAUACUGGUACCCGCCGGCACCCACAUAUCCGGCGGCAGCCCCCGCCAGUGCCCUUCAGCCCGGACAGUUCCUGCAGGGCAUGCAGGGAUUCACCUACGGUCAAUUCGCCGGCUACCAGCAGGCGGGAUACAUGGGAAUGGGCGUCCAGCUGCCCGGCACCUGGCAGAGUGUGCCGCCCCAGCCCCAGCUGGCCAGUGCAGCGGCAGCCACUGCGCCGCAGAUCACACAGAGCGUGGGCAGCGCAUUGCCGCAGGCGGCCGGAGUGGUCGCCUAUCCGAUGCAGCAGUUCCAGGUUAGUCCACAGCUGGCGGAGGACGAGUGGCUGGCGCCCAGUCUGCUCGUGUAGCUGCCAUGAGGGAUGGCCAUGUAUCCCACACAGCAGCACCAGCAGCAGCAACAACAGCAGCAGCAGCAGCAGAUGCUGCAGCAGCAACAUGAGCAGCAGACGUCCGGCGAAUAUGUGAAGGAGCCGCCCUACCAA